GGCCAUAUUCUGGAGGGUCUGAUGGGAAGUCCAAGGCGUAGAAGCUUUUCGCUAAUUAUUUUUGCAUCCUAUCGUACAGUACAAUACAGCCCAACGAAAGUCGACAACCAUGCCCAGCAAAUACUCCCUCGCCGCGGGGGUGCUCCAUGCCUCGACCGUCCUCGGUACGAGCCAGCUGAUUGCCUCCCACUUCACCGCGAACCUCUACAGCCUCACCUUGUCCGAUAGCAACCAGCUGUCCAUCAGCUCGGAGACUCGGUCGGGUAACUUCUGGCCCGCAUGGCUGGACUUCGACAGCGAGAGCAACACCCUUUACGUCGCGGACGAGGCCAACUGGCGGCCCCCCAACGGCCUGACCACCUUCACUGUUCACGCCGAUGGCAGCUUGUCGCAGAACUCGGAUGGCCAAGCCGUGACGGGAGGCGCAGAAGUGCAUAGCACCCUCUAUGGCGGCGAUGAUGGACGGGCAUUCCUAGCCUUGGCUCACUACGGCUCUUCCAAGAUCUCGACAUUCCAGCUCCCCCUGACGUCCUCCUCCAGACCCCUGCAGGAAUUCCCCUACCGGCUGUCCCAACCCAAGCCCAACCCCCGCCAAGAAGCGCCGCACCCGCACUCGGUCGUCGAGGACCCGACAGGCAACUUCCUCUUCUCCGGCGACCUGGGCGCCGACCUGAUCCGCAUCUACGCCAUCGACCCCUCCACGGGCCUCCUGACCGAAUGCCCCGCCGCGGCGACCAGCGAGGGCGACGGGCCCCGCCACCUCCUCUUCCACGAGGAAUGCAGCACCACCGUCUUCGUCCUCAACGAGAUCAGCAACUCCGUCGGCGUCUGGUCCAUCAACUACUCGGCCGCCUGCCCCUCGCUGACCCUCACCCAGACCAUCUCCACCUUGCCCGACAACGUGCAGCCGCCCGAGGGCGCCAAGGCCGCCGCCAUCGUGCAGCGCGACGGCUUCCUGUACGUGUCGAACCGGCGCGACCGCUCCUUCGGCGACCAGGAGGACUCGCUCGCCACCUUCGAGAUUGGCACGUCGGAAGACGGGGACGUGGAGCUGUCGUUUGUCGACAUCACGUCGGCGCAUUCCUUCUUCCCGCGCACCCUCCAGAUCAACGCCGCUGGUGACCUCGUCGCCGUUGGUGGCCAGACGAGCGCCAAUGUGGCUAUCAUUGAGAGGAAUGUGACGACGGGGCGGCUGGGGGAUCUGGUGGCUUCGGUUCGCGUUGGCCGGGCGGGUACCCUCGACCAGGAGGAUGGGCUGAGCGCUGUGAUUUGGGUUGAGUAA